AUGAGCGCGGCCCGGCCCCGGCCCGCGGCCUGCGCGGCGCUGAGGCGGCUGCGAUCGGCCCGGGGCGGCGGGGGGAGCCAGAUCCAGGGCACUCCCAGCAUCCCGAGGAAGAUCAGGAGGAGGAAGAGCCUGGCCAUUGCCUAUGAGCCGGGGCAGGGUGAUGGGGCCGAGCCCCCGAGGGUGCCCUGGGAGCCACGGGACUGGCGGGAGCAGCUGGAGCGAAUCCGGGAGAUGAGGAGGAGCAGGGAUGCUCCUGUGGAUGAGAUGGGAGUGCAGAAGUGCUACGACAGCAGUGCACCUCCACAGGUCAUGCGUUACCAGGUGCUGCUGGCCCUGAUGCUGUCCAGCCAGACCAAGGACCAGGUGACCAGUGCUGCCAUGCUGCGGCUGCGCCAGCGCGGCCUCACCGUGGACAGCGUGCUGCAGAUGGACGAGGAGACCCUGGGACAGAUCAUUUAUCCCGUGGGCUUCUGGAGGAACAAGGUGAAGUACAUCAAGCAGACCACAGCCAUCCUGAAGCAGAAGUAUGGGGGUGACAUCCCAAGCACUGUGGAGGAGCUGGUGCAGCUGCCAGGAGUUGGGCCCAAAAUGGCUCAUUUGGCCAUGCACAUUGCCUGGGACAGUGUGGCUGGCAUAGGUGUGCCUGUCCCACCUAAACUCUGGGCUCUCCCUCCCCAGCUGUGGACACCCACGUGCACAGGAUCUCAAACAGGCUCAAGUGGGUGAAGAAGGAGACCAAGUACCCCGAGGAGACUCGGGUGGCACUGGAGGAGUGGCUGCCCAGGGACCUCUGGAAGGAGAUAAACUGGCUCCUGGUGGGCUUCGGGCAGCAGACCUGCCUGCCUGUGAACCCUCG